AUGAAACAAUUCAAGGUUGUUUAUCUGUUUUUCAUCUGCUGUCUAUUAGUGAAAUGUAAUGGAGAUGUACAAUGUGAUCAAUAUGCCAAUGAUUUGGAUAUUAUUUCUCGUUUUCCAUUUACUGUUGGUCUUGAUUAUAAACAACAAGGACCUGAUAAAAGUACGGCUAUUUUAGAUGAAACAAACUCUUUAGUUAUUAUGAUUCAACUUCGACAAGCUGGAAGUAUCGUUCCUGAAAGUGUUUUCUGUUUAAAAAAUCUUCAAGCAUUAGAUAUUAUGAAUAUGUUUUUCGAUAAUAAUAUGGUACCAGAUACUCUAUCAAAUCUUCAACAACUUCAUACUCUUGGUAUCACAAAUACACCAAUUACUAAAAUGACCCAGAAAUUGUCAAGUCUUGGAAAACUUCAAAGUUUAUCCUUAGAUAAAUGUUCAUUGUCUUAUUUACCAAAUCUUAGUCAAUUGAAAAAUUUAAUUUCAGUUAAUCUUCCAAAUAACAAAUUAUCCGAACUUGAAGGUUUAACAAACGUUUCUUCACUAUCACUCUAUAAAAAUCAAUUUGCCGAAAUUCCAUUUAUAGCAGUACCUGAAGCACUUCGUCGACUUGAUAUGAAUUAUAAUCCGGUAAUGGAUAUGUCUUAUGUUCUUUUUUUCAAAAAUAUAACAGAAAUCAGAAUGGCUGAAUCAAAAAUUCCGGUUAUUCCUUCACACAUUGCUCUACUUGAUAAACUCUCAUUUUUGGAUUUGUCUCAUACACAAAUAACUCGUGUACCAAGAAGCAUCUUAAAUUUACCUUACCUACAAUAUUUGGUUGUUCAAAAUAAUGCAAUUUCAAAAGAAGAGGUUGAUUCACUUAAAAUGGAUUUACUCGAUAGACAAUCAAAAAUCAAUUUACUCAUCUAA